AAACGGACAACAAUAGUAGCAGACAGGUGGGCAGGCAAAGGGGGAAAGCUUUGCAAAUGGCUCAUGAGAGGCAACGUGUGGCUUUGUUUCGCGAAGGAACUUUACAUUUUGGGGAUUUUUAUGUAUUCCUGUAACCACCGAGGUGGAAUUACUGGACAGGCGCUCACGCUCCACAUGAUGACUGGAACAGUUUGAAUUAUCUCUGCUGAGCUACUCAUGGAGACCUGCACUUUAGAAAACGGCGUGAUGGAACAAGUUUCCAGAGUUUAAACUUACUCUGCUCUUAAAUAUGAUGAGUUUUUGUUUUGGUUGCCUCUAAAAAAAAAAAGAAAAAAAAAAGAAGUCUCUAUCUGUUGGAGGAAUUCCGGCCUGUCAGCUAUUUUGGUUCCUGUCUUGCUUUCACUAUUUUGUGAAAGGAGAUGUAAGAAGGAAGGAAGGGGAGAGCAAAAGAGAGAGAGAGGAGGAGGAGGAGGAGAGCGAGACGUAUACACUUCAAGCGUCUCGGCGAGCGUCAUUUGUUUUCAGAGGCAGCUGAGAAGAAAGAAGUGAAGCAGCAUCAUGGUUCGGUGGUUCCACAGAGACAUCACAGGCCUGCAGGCCGAGGAAAUGCUGAAGACGCGAGGUGCUCAUGGCAGCUUUUUGGCUCGACCCAGCAAGAAAAACGUAGGAGAUUUCUCCCUGUCUGUCAGGGUGGGCGAGCUGGUGACCCACAUCCGGAUCCAGAACACAGGGGACUACUACGACCUGUAUGGCGGGGAGAAGUUUGCCACCCUGUCAGAGCUGGUGGAUUACUACACAGCGGAGAACGGCAUCCUGCAGGACAAGGACGGCACCAUCAUCGAGCUCAAAUACCCCCUCAACUGCUCCGACCCCACCACAGAGAGGUGGUACCACGGUCACCUGUCUGGGCCCAACGCAGAGAAGCUGCUCGUGGCGCGAGACGAGCCGGAUACCUUCCUGGUCAGGGAGUCGCUGUCCAAGCCCGGAGACUUUGUCCUGUCGGUCCUGACGAACGAGAGGACCAAAACUGGAGCGAAGAGGGUCUCUCACAUCAAGAUAAUGUGUCAGAAUGACAGGUAUACAGUGGGAGGUUCAGAGAUGUUCGACACACUCACAGACUUGGUGGAGUACUACAAGCGCAAAGGCAUUGAGGAGAUGUCUGGGAACUGGGUGCAUUUCAAACAGCCCUGUUACUCCACCAGAGUGAAUGCAGCAGAUAUCGACAGCAGGGUGAAACAGCUGGACCAGACCACACAGCAGCAGCAGGAGGGCGAGGCAGAGAAGAGCAAGGCCGGCUUCUGGGAGGAGUUUGACGCUCUUCAAAAGCUGGAGGCAAAGGUGAAGAAGAGCAGAGAGGAAGGGCAGAGACCUGAAAACAAGAGCAAAAACAGAUACAAGAACAUUCUUCCCUUCAAUGACACCAGGGUCAUCCUGCAGACCGCUCAUCCUGACGUCGUGGGAUCAGAUUACAUCAACGGCAACUACGUGAGAAACACCCUGUGGGAGUCCGGAGAUCAGAAAGUUUACAUCGCCACCCAAGGUUGCCUAGCAACAACUGUCAAUGAUUUCUGGCAGAUGGUAUGGCAGGAGAAUACGAGGGUGAUCGUCAUGACAACAAGAGAGGUUGAGAAAGGGCGGAAUAAAUGUGUGCCAUACUGGCCAGACCCUCUGAGCUCCAAGGAGGUGGGUCCAUACGUGGUGACCAAUACGUCAGAGCGGGAAGCUACUGAUUACAAAGUCAGAGUUUUGGAGAUCAGUCCUGUGGACAAGCCAAAACAUUGUCGCACCAUCUGGCACUACCAGUACAUGAGCUGGCCUGACCACGGCGUCCCUCAGGAGCCAGGUGGUGUCCUCAGCUUCCUCAACCAAGUGAACGCUAAACAGGCUGAAUUUCCCGAUGCUGGACCCAUGAUCAUCCACUGCAGUGCUGGAAUCGGUCGAACAGGCACGAUCGUGGUGAUUGACAUGAUCCUCGAGACUAUUGACACUUUUGGCCUGGACUGUGACAUCGACAUCCCAAAAUACAUCCAGAUGGUGCGAGAACAGCGCUCUGGCAUGGUGCAGACGGAGGCCCAGUACAAGUUCAUCUACCUGUCUGUGUCUGAGUACAUACAGACCACCAAGGCCAAAGACUGCGCCUACUUGGAAACUGAGACAGAGUAUGGAAACCUGCAACUCAAGCACCAACCAGCGAGCAGGAAGGUCUCAAAAAACAAGGAGGACGUUUACGAGAACUUGUCGAAAGUAAAGAAAGAUGUGAAGAAGCCCAAGUCCGACAAGAAAAGUGGCUCAGUGAGGAAAAGAUAGAAGAGGCUGAGAGAGUUUAUCAAAGUACGUCAUGUUGUUAUAUUUAUACAGGCACUGUUUUUUUUUAACGUUUGUGUUUUAGUGGAGAUCUUAUACAAAAGAAGAAUUAAGGUGUAAAAUCAGAGACGAGAUAAACAUCUGAUCUGUCACAGGAAUGCUCGGUUGAUGCGUUUGUUGAAAAUAAAGCGAGAACAUGUGAAAACACUUUUUAGUCCUUCGGCUUCAUAUACUUCAGAUUUUAAUGCAAAACAAUGAACAGACAUGCAUCAACAGCAGAAAUGAACAUGAGUGUGUUUGACUUUAGCAUUCAGAGAAGCAGCUCAGCUGCAGACCUACAUCAGGCGGUUUGAUGAUAUUAGUGACAAUUUGAAUGGAAGAUAAUAACGUCCAGCCACACGGAUUCCCUUCUUUUACAAAAACACUGUUUGUUGUUGGAUUCAGUAACAAUAAAGUGGAAACAACUGAACGUUUUCUCUUUUACAGCCACAUUUUCAUCGCUCACACCUGAAGUACUAUUACUACUUCUUCCAUGGAACUUUGUGCCUUCCUUGAAUUCAAAUAACACGUAUUGGACUGUUAUCAGCUCUCAAGUUUGUUUAACACUAACAGCAGACAGUGAGGUGUUAAAGGUCAGAUUACAUCAGUGUUUCAGACAGUCAUUUAGUGCUUUCAGUGUUUUCAUAACUGCUGUUUCCAAGGUCAAGAAUGAACUCUGAACUCUGUGCCCAGAACAAAAUUCACAAAAUCCCAAAAAUAAAGCUUUCUCUUUUGCCCUGA